ACCACAAACAAAAAGAUCAUUAAUAUUACUCCUAAACUUGAAAGCCAGAGGGGGAGAGAGAGAGAUAUGGCUGGAGGAGAUAGUACUAGAGCAGCAACUCCAUCUCUUCCAUGGAAAACCAGACUCUUACUCGCCGGCCACACUUUCGCUGUCGACUGCUCGUGCCGCUCUAACGGCACCGUCAAUCGCGGCCUCAUAAACUUCCUGGACCUCAAAGCCCCUCCCUCUGCCAAACCCAUCAACGGCGUCACUUCAUCUGAUAUCACCGUCGACCCCUCUCGUAAUCUCUGGUUCCGCCUCUACACUAUUACCCCCGCCGACACUGACACCAAGCUCCCCGUCAUCGUUUACUUCCACGGCGGCGGAUUUGCUUUCUUCUCUGCCAACACGAAACCCUACGACGACUUCUGCCGCCGCCUCGCCUCCGAACUCCAGGCCAUCGUCAUCUCCGUCAACUACCGCCUCGCCCCUGAGCACCGCUUCCCUUCCCAAUUCGACGACGGCCUUGACACGUUGAAGUUUCUCGACGACGACGACAGCCUUCACUUGCCCCAGUACGCGGACCUCAGCCGCUGCUUCUUAGCCGGAGACAGCGCCGGCGGAAACAUCGCCCACCAUGUAACGCUCAGAGUCUCCACGUACCACCGCGAGUUCAAGAAAUUGAAGAUCGCCGGAUUGAUUGCGAUCCAGGCGUUCUUCGGUGGGGAAGAGCGCACGGAGUCGGAGCUCCGGCUGACCAACGUCCCAUCUGUGAAGUUAGAGCGUUCUGACUGGAUGUGGAGGGCUUUUUUGCCCCUGGGUUCAGACCGAAACCACGAGGCUGCCCAUGUUUUCUCCGGGGGAGAUGUUUCUGGGGUGGAGAAAUACCCGGCGGCGAUGGUGGUGGUUGGUGGUUUCGAUCCGUUGCAGGACUGGCAGAAGAGGUUUUAUGAGUGGCUGAAUAAAGCUGGGAAAGAGGCGUAUUUGGUUGAAUACCCAAAUGCAAUCCAUGCUUUCUAUGUGUUUCCUGAAUUGCCAGAGUCUUCUCUGUUAAUCGCAGAGGUGAGGGAAUUCGUUCAAAAGCAAUCCUUAUCGUCCAAAUGAGACUUUGGAUUUUAUUGUUUUUGUUUGUUUGUUUGUUAUUUUCACCCGGUGGAAAUAACAAACUUACUUCCAAGAUGUGUUUUGUGUUGCUAAAACACACUUUUCCUGCGCUCCAUGGUUGUGUUUCUGUGUUUUGUGUUUUGUUUUCCCAAAAGUAAGCUUUUUCCUGCCUUUAGAUGCUUGAAUGUUGGGUUUGUAUGAGUUAAAAAUACAGCUUAAAGGCUCAGUUUCUAUGAAUAUGGAGAAAGAAUGAGAAUGCGGUGAUGUUUUUUUCA